AUGAGUGCCGCCGCGGUGGCGGCGUUCGGCGGGAAGCUGCUGGAGGAGCCGCGGCGGCGGGGAAUCGAGAUCGGCGGGUGGCGCAUCGAGUGCCGCCACGAACCGAUCCUCACCGCUGAAGAAACGGAAGCGUGGCAAAAAACCCUCUCCUCGCAGUGGCUCCCCGAGAUGGUGUUUGGGAAGAGCUGCCUGCGCGCGCAACACCUUGCCACGGGCGUGGGCGUGCAGUUGGGGGCGCUGGAGGCGCUGAGGGGGUGGAAGGAGGGCAAGCUGCCGCCUGUGAAGGUGCCUGCUGCUGCCGCGUGGGGGAAGAGAAGCUGCCCAUCCACGGAUAUCAUUCUCGACUAUGAUUACACCUUCACCACCCCUUACUGCGGCUCCAUUCUCACCAGUAGCAGCGCUUCUCUUUCCCCUCAGAGCAGCAUGGCCGGCGGCAGCAGCAGCAGCCACAGCGCCCAAACCACCCGCACAACUGCUGAUGUCAGCGCACCCCUUGCGUCACGUGUUGCUGACAUCAGCAUCAGCAAUGCUGACGUGAGGAGGCAUGGCACCAACGAAGGUCGAGAGGGGGAAGGGGAGGAAAGGGCGAGAGUGAGAGCAGAGGGUGAGGAAGUGAUGAGGAAGGGAGAGGUGGUGGGGGAUUCAGCAGGGGAGGCAGCAGGGGCAGCAGCAGGGGUGGUGAGGGAGGUGCAAACCGUCUGGCCUCAAUCAGAUGCUGCUGCUGCUGCUGCUGCUGUGGAUUCUGGGGGAGGAGGGGGAGGGGGAGAGGGAGAGGGGGGUAGCGUGGAAAAAAUCAGUGGAAGGACGGAUGGGAGAGAGCAGAAGGGGAGUGGGGGAGGAGGGGGAGGAGAAAGGGGGGCAGGGGGAGGAGGGGAGUGGGAGGCGGAGUGGGUGGCAUGUGGGGAGGGCGAGGGCAUUGACUGGGCCAUGCUGCAACGCCGCGACCCCAUCCUAUUCUCUGAUGAGGUGGUGCUGUAUGAGGACGAGCUGGCCGAUAGUGGCAUUUCCCUCCUCACUGCCAGAGCCGUGAGUACCACCCACCCUGCUCUUCCGCCCUCCCCCGCUCCUACAACCCUUCUCCUCCUGCAAGGAAGAUUGGUUACGGGGUGCUGUAGAUUCAGCCCCAGUUAA